UCUAACACCGACGUGAAACAACAGCGUGUUUCAAAGGUUCCGCCUCAACGUUAAGGCAUUUCUGUGAAACAGAAACCUAAGCGUUAUAUCCUUAUGAUCCUGCAUGAGUCACUUUAUGGGUAAACCACACCUUUCAGAGCUCAUAACCCACUCUGAAACGGACAUGGAGCAGGUUUGUGCAGAACAAGAGGCCACAAGCACCCCAGCAGACAUAAAGCAGGGUGAGGAAAGUCCUCCAGGAAGCAGUAAUGAGGCUGGGGACAAUCCUGCUGUCUGCAGUGAUGGCACAGAACAUCCACCAGAAGAGGAAGAUGACAACAAACUGUCACUGAUCUCCUGGAAUGUGGAUGGACUCGAUGAAGAGGAGCAGCCAGAGAGAGCAAGAGGCCUUUGCUUCUUACUUUUUAAUGUGCUUUCACACUCUCCUGACGUGGUGCUGCUUCAGGAGCUCAUCCAACCAUACAGCCGCUUCAUGAAGAAACGUCUGGCGGAGACCUACACGUUCAUCGAAGCUCGUAAGGAGGGUUACUUCAUCGGGAUUAUGCUUAAGAAGUCUCGAAUCACACUUCUGCACAGCGAGAUAGUCGACUACCCGACCACUCGCCAGGCGAGGAACCUGCUCGUCGCUCAGGUGCUGUUCAAAGGCCAGAAGCUUUGUCUCAUGACGUCCCACUUUGAGAGCUGUAAGGCCAGUGCAGGAGAGCGGAUGAGACAGCUGAGGCUGGUGCUGAAGAGGAUGACAGAGGCGCCUGAUGACGUCACCUUCCUGUUCGGAGGAGACACCAACCUGAGGGAUGCUGAGGUGGCCAAAGUGGGCCUUCCUGGCUGCGUCUGUGAUGUGUGGGAGCAUCUUGGAGAGCCGGAGCAAUGCCGCUACACAUGGGACACGCAUGCCAACACCAACAAAGACCACCGCUACAAGAGUCGCUUCCGCUUCGACCGGCUCUACCUGCGUCGGGCUGUUGGAGACGGAGUCCCACUGCUGGAGCCCGACAGCAUGGCCUUGAUAGGGCUGGAGAAGCUGAAGUGUGGCUGCUACACCAGCGAUCACUGGGGGAUCUACUGCACAUUCUCUGCUCAGUAGAAAUGCACAAAACAAACUAAAUCCCUUCCAAGUGUUCUACGUUCUCAAAAUGUACUAUCAUUUCUCUCUUUUAUAGAUGUGUGUCUCAUUUGGGAAUCUGUGUGUUUCAGCUCGAUUCAGAAUACAGCGGUGUUUCCUGUGUGAAAGCUACUCCUCAGGCUUUAUCCAAGAGUCCAAGAUUUUAAUUGUUUGUGUCAUGAUCUGAUACCUGGAUAUGAGUAGAAGCUCUAACAUGUGUAAGUAUAUGAUAUUUAGUGUGUAGUGCACAAAGGAAGUAGAGGAGCAACUCACACCUGCAACAAAAGUGGAUGUUUGAUUUAAAAUACACUUUUUAUAACAGUGUAUGGCAGUACACAUAACUGUUCAACAGCUGGAUUAUAUUAUCUGUUUGACAUAACUGUACAACAGUUAAAUAAAAAAAAGAUGAAUCAGGAAGAAGUGUGCGUAAUAUUUGGGAAAGGAUAA